AUUUUCAGUGCCUCCGGGACGAGAAUAGACGUCAACCUUGGCUGCUAUUUAAAGAGAACAGGAAAAUAAUAUUACUUUAUUUUAUUACUUGCUACUGGAUUUUUCGGAGAGUGGGAAGUGGGGUAAAUGCACUAGAGACACUCAUCAGGCGUGGUUUCCUUCCUAUGUUUACCUUCGUCUUCAGCAUACGCAUUCUAGAGGUAUAGGCACAUGCAAAGCACUCCGUUUGUUCACCCAGCUAGAGCUCAAGUUUUUCCCAUUAGGAUCAAAUAGAAUGGAUUCUUUUAGUCAAACAAUCUUGUUUUUCAUGUUAAUUUCACCCUGUGUGGGAACUGUACAACGCUGCGCCUGCUCCAAAAACGCUAAAGGUUUUUCAAAUAUCAACCAAAUGCCAGUGGACUUUCAAACGGCUCGUGAGAACUGCAAAGAACAGGGUGGACAAUUAAUGUCUGUCCGAUCGAAGGAAUCAAAUGACGUUGUCGGAUUCCUUCUUGAUAAUAUGAUAGGAAACUUUUGGAUAGGGUUGUAUCUCCCAGAGGGUACGUGUUCAAGUAACACAAGUUUAUUACGCGGAUACAAGUGGACCAGCGGUGCGCAAAGCACGGGAUUCGCCAACUGGGCGAGCGAAAGCAUGGAAUGUUCCCCACUCUGCGUUUCCGUCUCCAGCGACAGAAGAUGGGUGGAGAGAUCGUGCAGUGAAAAGCUGGACGGAUUUUUGUGUGAAAGUAAUCAAAGAAACCUUUGCAAGGGAAGUGGCUCAUCCAGUGUGGUCAUCCUGGACAAUGCGCAGUGCAUGUACGCGCCCUGUGAACAUAAAUGUACUCCUGUCCCUUUUGGAUACACAUGCUCAUGUAGAAAUCGAUUCGUUCCUAAUGAAAAAGAUCCACGUCUCUGCGACGUCUUCUGCGCAUCUUCAGUUUGUGAUGCUUUCUGUUCAAGAGACGGAUCUUGCUGGUGUCCGGCUGGUUUUGUUAAAAGCGGAACCAACUGCGAGGAUAUAGACGAAUGCGAGUCGAACCAUGAUUGUGCACAGAUAUGCGAAAAUAUCAUAGGAAGUUAUAAAUGUGCUUGCCAUGAUCCGUUUAUCCUCGUUAACGGAACUGAAUGCACCCUCACAUUACCAUCAGAUAAAGUACCGAGAACACCGUCCUCGAAUUACUUAGCCAUGGGGUCUCUUUCGACCCCAGGAGAGUACGCUGGGCUGAUCAUAUUCAUACUAGUGGCUGUUUUUGCUGUGUUGUUUCUGGUGCGUUAUUUGCGCAGUCGUAAAAACGCUGCACAAGAAUGCAAUCCGCCAGAAUAUGCUGAGUUUCAAGAAAGUGUCUCCAAAACAUAAAUGCUAUACUUUUUAAAUGAAUGUUGAGACGUAAUACCUCAAUGUGUAAAACAGUUUUUACUUAAAAAUGUGGUUAAAGAUUGUGUCGUGUUACAGAGAAUAAUUUUGCCAUGUUAACCAACCCAUAUGAGUGGGUCAAAGUAUAUAAAUGUGUAUACAAAUAAAAAGAUGCUUCUUUAUUUCUUA